UUAUAGCAGGACUGUGGCGGGCAUUCUGACACUGGGGGAACUGACUUGGUGUCACUGACAUCCCCAGUGACACCAAUACAGUGAUCAGUGCUAAAAAAAGCACUGACACUGUACUAAUGGCACUGGGCAGGAAUGGGUUAACAUCUGGGGCGAUCAAAGGGUUAAAUGUGUGCUGUGUGCUGUUUCACAAUGGGGCUGUGUGUGUCCUUCACUGUAAGCACACUGCUUUGUAUGGCUCUGCUAAAGCAGUGUGCAGGAACUGACAGGGGAGAGAUCUGUAUUGUUUACAUACAGG